AUGGCGACUAGAUUGUACACAGCUAUCAAAGAAGAACUUACUCUUGAGCUUGAUAGUGCUGUAUUCAUGACAGACAGCAUGAUCGUUCUUGGGUGGAUCCGAAGUAAAGCUAGAGCCUACAAGCCGUUCGUGUCUGCCAGAGUGGGUGAAAUUCAGACAAAUUCGAACCCUUCUUGGUGGAGACAUGUACCUGGAGAGCAGAAUCCUGCUGAUGAUAUAUCCCGAGGCAUCCCUCCUGAGAAGCUAACAGAGAGAUGGGAGAAUGGACCAGAAUUUCUCUACUGGCAUGAGAAUAGAUGGCCAAGUAUUGAGGAGACUCCUGAUAGCAGAGAGGUAGAGAAAGAGAAGCGUAAAGUUCACCAGGUGGCCUUAGCAGAGAUUCAGUCAGAACCCAUCGACUGCAAGAAGUUUUCUAGAUGGAGGAAACUUGUUAGAGUUACAGCUUAUGUUCAGAGAUUCGUCAGAAACUUGAAGGCGAGAUGUAACAAGGCACCAGAUACUGACAUUCAGCCCUCUGAUAGUAAGCAAAUCUCACCAUCAGAGCUAGAGAAUGCAGAGACUCUUUGGAUAAAGAGAGCACAGAGAGAACUACAUGAUAGAUACAAGAAAGGAGAGUUCAAAACUCUCAGUCCCUACAUCAAGGAGGGAAUCAUCAGAGUCGGCGGCAGGGUAGGAGAGAGAGUUGUUUCAUAUGAUGAAAGGCACCCAGUACUGCUACCACAUCAGCACCACAUUUCGACACUCAUAGUUAGCUACUUUCACGAGCAAGGUCACGAAGGGGUAGCAACCACGGCCGCAAAAGUGAGACAGAAGUACUGGAUUGUGGGAGUUCAGAGGAUCGCCAAGACUGUGAAGUACAAAUGUGUGGUGUGCAGGAAAUCAGAACAUAGAGUAGAAUCCCAGUUUAUGGCAGAUCUUCCUAGUCAUCGUCUAGCACCAUACACACCGCCGUUCUACUAUACAUCGUGCGACUAUUUUGGUCCAUACCAGGUUCGAGUUGGUAGAAACAAAACAAUGAAGCAUUACGGUGUGAUCUUCACGUGCUUGAAUACGAGGGCAGUGUAUCUAGAUGUCGCUGUCGACUGCUCAACAAUGGAGUUUCUUCAAGUAUUUCGCAGAUUUGUUGCAGUCAGAGGUUACCCAGCAGUCAUCUACAGUGACAAUGGUACUCAGUUUGUGGGAGCCGAGAAGGAGCUUCGAGCUAUGGUACAAGGCUGGAGUGAAUCUCUGCUGAGAGAGUUUUGUGCCGAACGAGGAAUCCAGUGGAAGUUUGUGACACCAUCUGCGCCACAUCAGAAUGGAUGCGUCGAAUCCCUAGUGAAGAGUUGCAAGAUAGCGCUACGCAAAGCAAUCGGAGAUCAGAUCCUUCGUCCCUUUGAGCUACUUACCUCUUUGACUGAAGUCGCAAAUUUAGUGAAUCAGCGCCCUAUUGGCAGAGUGCCCAAUGAUCCAGACGACGGUUCCUAUCUUUCGCCCAAUGACAUGUUGUUAGGACGCGCAUCUACAUCAGUUCCACAAGGACCAUUCCGGGAAACGCCUAAUCCGAGGCAUCGAGUUGAAUUUGUACAGAGAAUCAUAAACUCUUUCUGGAAGGCCUGGAACCGAGACGUAUUUCCUCUACUUGUUCCAAGAAGAAAGUGGAAUGUCGAGAAACGCAAUGUUCGCGUUGGUGACAUUGUUUUGUUGUCAGAUCCUAAUUCCGUUCGCGGAAAAUGGACACUAGGUAAGAUAGUUAACGUCUAUCCAGGGUCAGACAACAAGAUAAGAAACGUUAAAGUUAAGACAAAGAAUAAUGAAUAUCGGAGACCAGUCACAAAAAUAGUGGUAUUGUAUCCUGUAGAAGGUUACAAGGAUUAA